AUGGCUCAAGAAUCCAGGUUCACGAUCAAGGCCAUUAGGUCAUUCAUCAUCGGGGGUGUUGGUUCAGGCGGCGAUUACCACAAUGUGAAGGGUGGUCACUGGCUGAUCGAUAGCGAUAUCUCCACGCCCUGUUCCAGAUGGGAACAAUUCCGCAAAUCUCGCACCAGCUGGGGUAUCAAUGUUCUCGGCUCGUUCCUCGUCGAAAUUGAAUCUGCAGAUGGGACUGUUGGUAUUGCAACAGGCUUCGGUGGUCCACCGGGCUGCUGGCUUGUUCACCAGCACUUCGAGCGCUUCCUGAUCGGUGCCGACGCUCGCAACACCAACCUACUCUACGAGCAGAUGUACCGAGCAUCUAUGUUCUACGGCCGCAAGGGUCUUCCCAUUGCCGUCAUCUCCGUGAUCGACCUUGCCCUCUGGGAUCUCAUCGGCAAGCUGCGCAACGAGCCCGUUUUCCGACUGAUCGGUGGUGCCACCAAGGAGCGCCUCGACUUCUACUGUACCGGCCCCGAGCCAACCGCUGCACGGGAGAUGGGAUUCUGGGGUGCCAAGGUGCCUCUGCCAUUCUGCCCCGACGAAGGUCAUGUUGGCCUGCGCAAGAACGUCGAGUUCCUGCGCAAACACCGCGAGUCUGUCGGCCCGGACUUCCCCAUCAUGGUGGACUGCUACAUGAGUCUCAACGUUUCAUACACUAUUGAUCUGGUUAAGGCGUGCCAAGACCUGAAUAUCAACUGGUGGGAAGAGUGCCUGACCCCCGAUGACACCGAUGGCUUUGAGCAGAUCAAGCGCGCCCAUCCCACAGUCAAGUUCACCACUGGUGAGCACGAGUACUCUCGCUUCGGCUUCCGCAAGCUGGUAGAAGGUCGCAACCUCGACAUCAUCCAGCCCGAUGUCAUGUGGCUCGGUGGCAUGACGGAGCUGCUCAAGGUUGCUGCCCUUGCAGCAGCCUAUGAUAUCCCCGUCGUCCCUCAUGCCAGUGGCCCAUACAGUUACCACUUCGUCUUCUCCCAGCCCAACACACCCUUCCAAGAGUACCUCGCGAACUCUCCUGAUGGCAAGAGCGUGUUGCCUGUGUUUGGCGACCUCUUCCUGGACGAGCCUAUCCCCACAAAGGGUUACCUGACCACUGCCGACAUUGACAAGCCAGGAUUCGGUCUUACCAUCAACCCUGUUGCUCGCGCCAAGCUGAUUCCUUCCACAUACCUCCUUACACCUCCCCCACUCCCUGCCUUGAGCACACCAGCCGUGGCUGCACCCGCUGAGGCUGCACCCACCGAAGCGAAUGCCUCGGAGCAAAAAGAGGCCAAUGGCGUUGUUGAGAAGCUCUCAGAGAAGAUUGAGCAACUGACGACCAGCACGUCAGCAUAA